AUGUCGGUGCCCUCUUUCUCUGCUGAGAACAGCGGCGACGAGCUCGGCCAGUCUGCGCGGAGCUACAUCAGGCAGAUCGAAGCUUGGGUUCGUGCCGAGGAGCUGGAGGUUGCCGAGCUCUGCGUGCCAGACGGGGUGGAGCGCUUCAAGGCCUGGAUCGCUGAGCGCUAUCAAGAGAUCGAGGUCGGCAAGAUUGCGGAGGCCCUCAACGGUUUCUUCAAGAAGCUUCGUCGCGGUCCAAGUCAGUCUGUCAGGGAGUUCAACGCCACCUUCGACAGGGCAUAUGCAAGGCUGGUGGAGAUCGAGUGCAAGCUUCCUGAGACUGCUCGCGCCUGGGCCUAUCUGAGUGCACUCUCUUUAUCUCACACCGAAGAGCUGGCGAUCCUCGGGAGCGUGAACAAUGAGUUCGUGUGCACAAAACUCCAGAGAGCGGCGGUACUCCACGAGAAGAGUCUCCGGCGUCCUUGGGACAAGGUUUUUUUGAAGCCUUGGGAUCGUGCCAAGAAUGGCUUGAAGGUGAACUCGGCGAACAAUGCAGAGCCCAUCCCGGAGGAGACGGAGCUCGUUGACGAGGGCUCUGAGGACGACGACCCCCGGAACCCGGAGGAGGCGGAGCUCUACGAGGCGUUCAUGACGGCGAAGGCUCAGUACCGCGACGCGGUGAAGGGGCGAAACCUCGAGCCGGACGAAGUGAAGAAGGCCAUCGAGAACAAGAUCUUGAGCGCUAAACAGCGCUCCUUUUGCAGUGUCUGCAAGCAGCGCGGCCACUGGUACAAAGAUCCCGAAUGCCCUGGACCUCCCAACGGCAAGCCUAAAGGAAACCUCGACCCUGGUAAAACCCAAACCGCCAACGUCUCCAACGAGGUCUUCAUGACGAGCGGGCCGCUGAGCGAGAACCUCCUGGCGAUCACCGACAGCGCCUGUACUAAAUCAGUUGCAGGGACUUCGUGGUUACAGCGAUAUGUGGAAGUGCUCAAGGCUUUCAACAUUGAGGUACCGCUGCUGGGAGAGUCCGAUAACUUCAGGUUCGGGGCUUCGAGAAUCUACUCCUCCAACUAUGCCAUUGUGGUUUCGUUCAAGGUUGGCUCCGCUUGGGUUCUCGUGAAGGUGGCAAUCAUUCAUGGUGAUCUUCCUCUUCUUCUGAGCCGUUCCGUUUUGGCUGAGCUAGGAAUGGUCUACAACCUUAAGGAACACAAGGCGGACUUUGAGGCUGUGAGUGUAUGCGGCUACCCUUUGCUCUCGACUCCCACAGGACAUCCGGCUAUAAGCGUUCAUCCUGGAGGGCAGGGCAUCCCGGCUAUUGCACAGCCGAAGAUGUGGGACGCCAACAAGUGCGUCCGCGGCGAAGUACAGAUCCUUCUUGGCUCGGCAGCAUACAUGGCGGAUUGCAGUGGGGGAGUGGGACAUUGUGAAGUCUUUGUAACAGCUAACGCACUCCAUGAAAGUCGACCUCCUCAAGAACAAUUUCCUCAGAUAUUUUAUGCCAAGAAGAUCCCCCCCGAAGUCAAGAACCUUCUCAUCAGUGAGACCUUGUCUGUAGAGAACUUCGUGAAGUGGUGGAAUCAAACACGUAUUUCUUCAGACUUCUGGAUAGAGACUCGGUGCUCUCUGAUUCGCAUUCACAAACUUUCAGUGUCAGCUGUCGAUCCCAGCGCGGUCUACCUCUUGCAGUUGAUUUCUGGAACACGGUACCUGCCGAUGCAAAGAGCUGUCACCAGUGCCUGUGGAUUGGCCGAUCAGUGUUCAAUCGUAGACCGAUUGCCCCAAUUCGAAAUCCUCCCGGCCUCUCUGGUAAUGUCGUCGCGCCCAAUAUGGCAAAUGACGAAAGCCCAGCUCCUAGCCGAAGCGACCCGCCUCAACCUGAACCCAAUGACCUCGUGGACAGUGGAGGAGCUGCGGAGCGCGAUCACCGAGUGCCUCGCGAUCGACAAGGAGGAGAAGGGAGUGCCAAAAGGAAUGUCGGGGAUGAAGCUCGCCGACCUGAAGAUGGAAGCGGACCGCAUCGGAGUGACCUACGACUCCAAGGUGACGAGGGGAACACUCAUGCGCCAUAUCAGGGACUACCACGAGACGCCGGACAACACCAUCAUGCAGAUCGGCCGCUACAAAGGGAGUGCGUACUACCAGAUACCACGCCAGUACGGGGAAUGGGCCUCCCGCGAGGAACGCGAGAACGGGAUCAAUAUGAGCGUGGACCUCAAGCGUUUCGUCCUCUGGUUCCGCAGGAAGACGGAGGAAAAGGAGACGAAGACAGGACCGACACGCCGGGAGAUGAUGGAGGAACCCGAGCGCUACGCGAAGAUCCCGUACCCAGGAUCAACGUCUUCCCGGUCUUGGGAGGAGGUGUCGGCGAUGAGCUACGCGGACCAGGACCAGAGGCCUCUGACCCCUGCGAGCUCGGCGUCCCAGACACCGGCAAAGGCAUCCCCGGCAAAGCGCAACGCGGAGAAGGACGUCACCAAGGAGAGGAUGCAUGUGGACCCACCGGCGCAGGUCUUGGAGGAGAUUCAAGCGCUGGAGCAGCGCCUAGCUGUGCUCAAGGACCAGGGCGAGGUGACUGAGGGCUCCGAGGGCGCGAUGUUUGCCUACCACGUGGACGACGAGAAUGACGAGGAGGUGUGGGACGACCUCAUCGGCGAGGCCAUCACCAAGCAGGAUUUCUCAGCAACCACCCUUACCACAAUCCUGGAGGCCACGUUCGGCAAGGAAGGUGAAAGCUUUCCUCAUCGGGGAGCACGUGCCAGAAGAAAGGCUAUGGGGGAGAAUGACACUGGCAGCUCCAGAUUGUCCCUCGGAUACUACACCUACGGGAACAUGCGAGGGAUCUGUGCCAACACGUCAAAGUAUGCCUCCCUGUGCCUGUACCUCAAGGACUACUUCCUCACGAGACAACCCGAUGCCAGGUGGUCCUCUUUCUCGAUCGCGUUCAACUGCACUCCCCAUGUACAUGCCGACUUCAACAACCUCAAGGGGACGCUCAACUACAUCACUUGCGGCGGCAAGUUCGCGUGUGGAGGGGGUCUUUGGCAGGAGAACGGACACGUGAAGGGAAAUGAUGUCAUGUUGGACCCCAAAGACCGCGAGAUCAAGGGCAAAGUGCAGAGCGCGUACGACAAAGUGAUCUCCUUCGCACCAGAACGCCUUCAUUCGGCCCAAGAUUGGACAGAAGGGAAUCGAUGGUCGGUGACGGCAUUUUCCACUCGAGGUUUCGCAGGGAGCACCCAAGGGGAACGACGGCAGCUACGACAAUGGGGUUUUCCUCUACACGACCUACGGCAUCUCUCUCGUGAUCGGAAGAUGAUCGUUGACCUCCAGGCUACCAAGGCCACCGUGUCCUUUCAAGACGAGGGCAAGGAUGCACUACAACCUACGACUUCCUCUUCCACUUCUUCUCGCCCCAAGAGGAGCAUGCGGAAAAGUCUUUGGAGGAACGCCUCUCGUGCAAGCGCCUUCCUAACUUGGUCCCUCUCGUCUCUGUCUUUGGCUUGCACAUCGGCCUUUCCGACUUCGGGACCAGAGCCUACGACUCCGGCGGUGGCCCUUCUGGAGAUCGGCGGGAUCGAGCAAACCUUGCAGGCCACUACGGAUUUCGGAUGUUUUGCGGCAGAACCAGUUCUCUGGGAGGACAUCCCCCCCCACGACUCCGGUGACUUCGUGAUCAAGAUGCUCAAACAAUCUCAACCCUCGAUGUUAUGGAUCAACCCGGCCAUGCAUGACCAGUCCUUCGACGAGGCCAAGUUCUUUGAGAUUGUGGAUGUUUGUGGUCGAUGGCAAGUACAACGCUAUGGUUCCGUGGUGGUACCUACAGAUCUACUUCCUGAAGGAAUCCGACAGCGAGUUCUUCGACAACUUACGGCUUUUUGUCCUGUGGACACCGUCGUCAUCGACAACCAGCAAUGCUACAAGGCAACCUCCACGGGCGUCUCCAUGAAUCACAUGGCCGAGGGAGAGGCACAAGGAGAACGUGAAGAACUACCAUUUCGGGAAGGAGCGGCUGGAAUAACUUUCGAUAAGAAAGUUCCGAAGGACGUUGCUGCCGCUCUCCGUCGACUACACCAGAAUCUCGGGCACCCUGCCCGGGAAGAUUUGGUUCGUCAUCUACAUCUUGCCGGAGCUGACAAGGAGGUGAUCAAAGCAGCCAAAAGCUUGUCCUGUUCGACUUGUGCGAGAACGAAGGGUCCAAAGAGUGCCCGGCCGGCGGCAGAACCCAGGCUCCUGGAAUUCGGCGACGUGGUCGGGGUCGACAUGAUGUAUGACUACGACAUCGACGGGAAGAAAAUCAAGUUGUUCUCCAUCGUCGACCACGCCUCUUCCUACCAGGUCGUGGUACAAGUGCCCCGCCAGACCGGGGCCGUCCUCGAGAAAGCCUUCGUGAAGCAUUGGGUCCAAGUGUUUGGAGCUCCCAAGGUGAUCACCCUGGACCUGGAACGGGGCAUCCAGGAUGCUUUUGGACGCCUUGCCGAUUGGUUCCACAUCGACCUCCGCACCAGCGCGGGACAGGCCCAUUGGCAGUCCGGUUUUACAGAAAGGCACGGUAAAUGGUGGAAAGAGAUUUUUGCCAGAGUCGUCCAAGACCAGACGGUACGUGGAGAUGAAGUUGAGGAAGCCAUCGCUGCCACGUCCUCAGCCAAGAACGAGCUACGUCGCCGUUGCGGAUGGGCACCCUGCCAGAUCGUCUUCGGCAAGAAUCCUCGUGGAGACGACGACCUUGAGUUCGAAGUCGAAGAAGGGGGCGGCGAACUGCUCAGGACACCAGACUCUGCUCAACAACGCCGGGCCACCAUCAGGAAUGCCGCGAAGCUCUCCUUCUUCCGGUCGCGCACCGAGGACAAGAUCAGAAGAGGGAUGUCACAGCGAGCCCGUGUGAAACCAAGGGACCUCGACAACGGCGCGAUGGUGCUUUUCUGGAGGAAGCCCGCGAACAAGAAGACUGGCUCCUGGAAGGGACCUGGAACCGUGAUAGGACAACAAGACGGCAACUACUGGGUGUCACACAGUGGACGUUGCUAUCUCUGCGCGCCGGAGCACCUUCGCAAGGCACUCCCUGAGGAGCUCGGAGGACUCUACGCCCUUCGCGCCACCAAGGACGAUCUGCUUCGCUUGGUCGAGAGAAACUACGACGAUUCCGCCGUUUUCCCGGGAGAGGACGACGCCGAGAUCGGGGACAAGGACCUCUUCGAUGCGAUGAUGGAUCUUUCGGAAGUGGAAGCAGAAAGUGAAGUGGAUGGAACUGGAGACAUGGAGCUCGACAACGGAGACCUACUGGAGGAGGACCCUGGCGUCCCCCUUCCUGACCAACCAUCCCGCGCCGUCCGCAGGAGGUUCUCCUCGAAGAGGCCGGAGCCCUACGACGCCGCCAAGGACAAGAAGGACCCCAAUGAGGCCCACAUGCUAAAAAGGGCUACCACGAAGCGAGGUCGCGACAAGCAGUUGGAGAAGGAGAUCCCUUGGAGUAUGAUACCAGAGUCAAAGCGCCAGCUCUUCAUCGACGCAGAACACAAGCAAUGGGAGGAACAUCUACGACUCGGAGCUCUCCGACCUCUCGACCUCGCAGAAAGCGCUGAGAAACUCAAGUCCGGACGGGUGCUUUCCUCGAGAUUCGCGUAUCGGGACAAGAACCUCGCCCGGAGACGGACCGAUCCUACGGUCGAGUGGAAGGCCAAGUCCCGGCUUGUGGUGUCGGGACAUACCGACCCCGACAUCGUCUCAGGUGCUCUCCGCACCGACUCGCCCACAGUUUCGCGGACGGCUGUCAUGACUUUGCUACAAAUCGCUGCCUCACGGCUGGACGCGGACUGGGGAAUCGCAGCAGGAGAUGUGACGGCAGCUUUCUUGAACGGCGAGAAGCUCGACCGUGAACUAUACCUGCGUCAACCCAAACAUGGACUUCCUGGACUGCAUCCUGAUCAACUUAUCAAGAUAGAAAAGGGAGUGUUCGGGUUGAUCGACAGCCCUCGGAAAUGGUGGAAAAAGUUCAAGAAGGACAUCCAGGAGUUGACCAUCGACCUCCCCGACAACAAGAAGGGCAAGUUCUUCGCGUCACCACUUGAUCCCUGCGUGUUUCAAUUGGUCGAGCUAGACGAUGAAGGGAAGCGUGGGAGCAACUUUCCAGAUGUUCCUGUUGACGAGUGGGAAGAGGAUGUGUUCGAUUUCAUCGGUUCCCAUAUCGAGACCCGACAUGAUGGCAUCUUCGUCUCCCAAUCCUCAUAUACCACCAACCGCCUCUUCGAGAUCUACGUGGACCCCAAGGCCCCCGCUGAUGCCCUGGCAGACACUGAACAGGUUGCAGACAACCGCUCACUGGUUGGAGCAUUAUCCUGGCUGGCGUCACAAUCACGGCCGGAUUUGGCUUGCGGCGUUUCCAUGUGUCAACAACUACAAGCACGACCUACGGUUGAGGACAUUCGUUUUACGAACACCAUGGCGAAGCGAGCACUACUACAUAAGGACGAGGGGAUCCUGCUGGCGAAGAUCCCCCUCGACGAGAUGGUGGUGGCCGUGUUCCACGACGCUGGCUGGAGCAACGCUCCAGACUCCAAUGAGGACCCCGUCUACUUCCUGAAUGAGGAGGACGAAAGGAACGGACUAAUUACCGAAGGACCCUGGGUGAACAAGGUCCGAAAGACGAAGAAGAAGAACUCUAGUGUGGCCUCGCAACUAGGGGCGCUCGUGAUGGUCUGCGGCAAGAACGGGAUCAACUCUAUGGGAGCCCCGGCGAGCAUCUUGGAAUGGCGCUCCCAUGCGUGUGAUCGUGUGUGCAGAUCUACUUUCGGUGCUGAGACUAUGGGAUGUAUCGAGGGAUUCGAACUGGGUCAGUACGUGAGGGCGAUGAUCGACUCCUUCCUCACCGGGAAGAUCACCAGGAACGCCGGGAAGGACAUCCCCAUCGUGGGAGUGACCGACUGCCGGUCCCUCUACGACCAUAUGCACCGUGAUGGACUACCACGAACUCCUUCCGAUCGAAGGCUGGCGAUAGAUAUUGCCUGUUUGAGACAAACGCUGAUGGAGGAGACCGCCGAUCAUGAGACGCUAAGUUAA